AUGGAGGGUGAGUUUCAAAACACUUUUUUUAAUAAAAAACUCGCAGAGCUGAAAUUCGCCCUCGACCGAGUGUCUCAUCUUCCGGUCCACGACGCGCUGACCAUCGUCCGCAACGCCCUUAAGCCCUCGGGAAUUUCCGCGUUGGAUGGAAAACGUCCGGAUGGCUGCACGUUGAUUCCUUGGAGAGCCGGUAGAUGCCUGGCGUGGGACGUAACCGUUCCGGGCACAUUAGCGGAACGGUACGUGCACUUAACCAGCAAAGAAAGUGGUUUGGCCGCAACCAGGGCAUCGGAUGAAAAGUUUAAAAAAUAUGAAGGUGCCCUGCCUUCGAUGGAUUUUUUACCUGUUUGCAUCGAGCUGAUGACGUUCCAACUGAAGAGCGUGGCGAGCGUGGAGAAGGAGGUCUGCAACUUUGAGACCUGGAGUGUCCGCUGUUCACAGCUUCACGAUGUCCUCUUCAUCGUGUCGGCGUUGUAUGGCAGGAUUGCUGUCGGCAAGUGUGUGAGGGACGACCUCGGUGUGGUGGGCUGUCACGUAGAUGGCGUUCAACUGCUAAAUGCAUUGUGUCUAGGAAGGAAGGACUGUGUGGUGAAUGUUGAGGAGGUGUUUGCUGGAGUGCAUGGAGGCUGUGGUCAAGAAUUGAAGAACCAUUUGCUGCUCAAAUAUCAAUGCAUUCGUGUGCAAGGCGCAAAAGUCUUCAACCUUCGCAUCGGCACGAGCAACAUUCGAACCACGGCAACGUGUAGUAGCGACAGUGCAACACGUGGCAACCACACUGACCACGUUAACAACCGACAAAAUUGA